AUGAGUACCCGGCCAAGCCCCGCACCAUUUAAACGUUCGAUCGAUGGAUUGUUUAACGUUUGGCUUAACCUGCGAAACCAAGGCCACGAGAAACCGCUCCGUAACGCACUGUACAAUGUGCUGGUGGUCGGUGUGAUUGCGGUCGUAAUCGGUGUGACGCUGGUGCUGGCACCCUUCUUCAAACCACUCCUGUGGGCGUUUCUGUUCGGUGCGGUACUAUUUCCGGCUAAAAAACGACUUUCCGCCUCGCUAAAGCGUUGGAUCGAACGUAUUGAGAAGGAUGAGAAAUACCUGUUGCUGGGUGUGGUGGGCGCACCACUGUGCUGGGUGGAUUCACUGGGCGAAUUUCUUACCGGUUGGCUGCGGGACCAUCUGAAGAUAAUUACUGGACUGGUCGGUGGGUUAGUGACGCUGCGCUUCAUACUGUGGCUAACGCCCAGCGAGGUGUUUUACUCAAUAUGGAACUUUAUCGUAUGGAUCCAUUCGCUAUUCCGCACACUGCUCGGUUCGCUAUCGCUGCAGAUGGUUGUCGUGAUACUGGUGGUGUACGUUGUAAGUGUAUACUUCCUCUGGACGCCGGAUCAUUCCCUGCCGUUUCUAGUGAUCGGACAGUUUCUGUGGAUGGUCAUCGUUGGGUAUGGGAGCAGCUUUCUUGGUGCUCUGCAGGUGCCCGUAUUUCUGGGCCUGCUAAUGUAUGGGCUUAUUGGUUUAAUAUACAACCUGCAGAAAGAUGAACGCAACGUACGAUUCAUCGACAAAUGGCAUAGCCUGCUAGAUGUUACGAGCUACCGGUUGGAGGACUCAAUGAUCGCCGCCAGCCCUGCCAAUCUGGAUGGAACACGAAUAGAGGAAAUUAAAGCGAAACUAAGGCUAGAUGUUUCGGCCACGCCACAGCUUUCCAGUACGAUGAAUGAAACGCCCGGCCACGGUACAACGUAUCCGGCCAGCAUGCUGACCAACGUCGAAUCAUCACUCGAAAGUGACAACUAUUUCCGGUUGCUGUUUUACGCUUGCGGUGCCACACUGGUUUGGAUGCACACCUGGCUGCUGUUUCUUGGCUGUAUACCCAUCUUCCUGUACAUCAUACGGCGAGCGGCCGAAUUUUUGGGUAUCAUUGCGUACGUAUCGCAGCAGGCCCACCUGAACUGGCAAGCACUUAAGCAGUGGCUUUUUCCACGCCAUGCUGCACUGCUGCCGCUAUGUUUGCCGGGCAUACUGCGCUUAAACACCAACAUUCAUCGGUACGCCUGUGCUAAGCUGCGGUCGUACAUCGAUGAUAUUACCUCGAUCGUGAUGAUCGGCUUUCUGAUCGUGCUCGUGAUGCUGAUCAGUGUGUUUGCGUGCGCGCAAAUCUACUCGGAAGCGAUAGCGGUCGCACAGCUUGGUUCGAAUCUCGUCAACCGCACACUGAUACACAAACCAGAACUGAUUGAAAUGUUACCGAUCGACAUGCAGUCGAUGGACAACAUAAUUGACAACGCGUACAAGUACGGUCGGUCACACAUCGAACAGUACGUGGACGGUAUCUUUAACGAUACCGAUCCGGCCCAAGCGAUCAAGCUCAAGAUGCAGAUUCUAAGUGUUUGGGACCGGUUAAUACAAAGCUGGAUGGAUCGGAGCAAUGGGGAUGGUAUGGUGGGACCACGUGUUCCUGCCCAAGCGAUACGCAUGACUAUAGAUGAGAUUUUUAUCAAUCCAAUUACGAAAGCUGGUCUCAUUGGCUUCAUCAAGAGCAAUUUCGGUAUGCUCUGGGAGGUGGCCGAUUCGCUGUGGAUGCUGCUAAGAACAAACCUGACGCUGCUACUGUCGGCCGUUGGUACACUUGUAUCAGCCAUCCUAGGCGGAGGACAUGCGGUUUUGAAAUUUUUAUUCCAUACAAUCAUUUUCUUUACGACACUGUUUUAUUUGCUACAAAGCAGCCAAGACCGGUACGCACCGACCGCAAUCAGCAUCAACAACUCGUGGGGUCCCCGCAUCAUACAGGCGCUGGAAGAUUCGAUAUCGAGCGUUGUCGUAGCCACGCUUAAGCUGGCCCUCUUCCAUGGACUCUUUACUUGGCUCACCCAUACCGUGUUUGGGGCGCACAUUGUUUAUCUGCCGGCGGUGCUGGCAUCGAUACUGGCGGCAGCACCCUUCCUGGAGACUUAUUGGUGCAGUGCACCAGCCUUUCUCGACCUGUGGUUAUCGCAGGAUCGGUUUUGGUUGGGUGUAACCUUGGUGAUGAUACACUUUAUCGUACCGUCCAACUUUAAUCCCAUCAUUCAUUCGGAGAUAAAAGGGGGAGGUCAUCCAUACCUGACCGGUCUUUCCAUUGCUGGCGGGAUGUAUCUAUUCGGCUUGGAAGGUGCACUGCUCGGUCCGCUGUUACUUUGUUUGUUGGUUGUUCUGUUUGAAGUUACCAUCAGUGCUAUCCGUGAUAGCCCGGCCACGCCACAAACUAGAAAAUCAAGCUUAGAUACGAAUAACGAUAUUUACUCUCCCGCGACGACCAAACCAACGACUGCACCAUCGGCUGCCUAUUUAAUACGGACCAAAGAUGGCAAAUUUUUAAACUCACCGUUAGCCCUGAACUGCACCGCAUCACCCACGUGCAUGAACGUCCGUGGCACGCCAUUACACUAA